CAAACAACAAAACGACACUCCCCCAAAAACCCCGCGCCCUCCACUUUGCCCCAAAUCUUCCCAGCGAUGAGCAACACCGACUUCCUCGGCCGGGCAAUUGACACCGUCAAAAAGGCCAUCGAGAACGACAAUGAGGGCGAGUACGAGAAAGCCUACCAGCUGUACUACUCCGCACUGGAGCUGUUCAUGCUGGCCCUGAAAUGGGAGAAGAACCCCCGCUCCAAGGAGAUGAUCCGCGCAAAGACCGGCGAAUAUAUGGACCGGGCCGAGAAACUCAAGAACCAUCUCGCCUCGCAGGAGGGUCGCAAGAAGCCGAGUGCGGUGGGCGCCAAUGGGAAAGUGGCGCAGGGGAGUGGGAAGGGAGGGAAAGAAGAUGACGAUGGUGAGGACGCCGAUGCGAAGAAGUUGCGGUCCGCUCUGGCCGGAGCGAUCUUGUCGGAUAAGCCGAACGUCAAGUGGGAGGAUGUCGCGGGUCUCGAGAGCGCGAAGGAGGCAUUGAAGGAGGCGGUCAUCUUGCCGAUCAAAUUUCCGCAUUUGUUUACAGGGAAGAGACAACCGUGGAAGGGUAUCUUGCUGUAUGGGCCACCUGGUACGGGUAAAUCGUAUCUUGCCAAGGCGGUUGCGACGGAGGCGAACAGUACCUUCUUCAGUGUCAGCAGUAGUGACUUGGUGUCCAAGUGGAUGGGUGAGAGUGAACGACUCGUGAAGCAGUUGUUCAACAUGGCCCGAGAGAACAAGCCCGCCAUUAUCUUCAUUGACGAAGUCGAUGCCCUCUGCGGUCCUCGUGGAGAGGGCGAGUCCGAGGCGUCUCGCCGUAUCAAGACCGAAUUGCUCGUGCAGAUGGACGGUGUCGGAAAGGAUUCCAGGGGUGUCCUGAUCCUAGGCGCAACCAACAUUCCCUGGCAACUGGAUGCUGCCAUCCGUCGUCGUUUCCAACGGCGAGUGCAUAUCAGUCUUCCCGAUAUCAACGCCCGUAUGAAGAUGUUCAUGCUGGCCGUCGGCUCCACGCCGUGUGAGAUGACGCAGGCCGAUUAUCGGACCUUGGCUGAGAUGAGCGAGGGCUACUCGGGCAGUGAUAUCAGUAUUGCCGUACAAGAUGCGCUGAUGCAACCCAUCCGAAAAAUCCAAACCGCGACACACUACAAGAAGGUCAUCCUCGACGGCGCGGAGAAGCUGACCCCGUGCUCGCCCGGCGACCAGGGCGCCAUCGAAAUGUCAUGGACAAGCGUAGACGCAGAGAAGCUCUUGGAACCCCCACUUGUCCUCAAAGACUUCAUCAAGGCUGUCCGCAACUCCAGACCAACCGUCAGCCAAGAGGAUCUCCAAAGAAACUCCGAAUGGACGCAAGAAUUCGGCAGCGAGGGCGCAUAAGCUGUUAUGUUUUCAUGCUUUCCGCCUUUAAACCCCCCCCCCCCC